AUGUGUACUUCAGCCAAUAAUAGAUUAGAUCAAUUAACUCAGAUCUUACAUCCUCACAAUAUUUUAAACCCAACCAAUGCUUCCCAUCCAGAAUCAUCUUUAAAACCAGAACAUCCGUUUAAAAUCGCUGUCAUUGGUUCUGGUAACUGGGGUACUACCAUUUCUAAAAUCAUUUGUGAAAAUGUAGCUGCUAGACCUCAUUUAUUCUCCCAUUUUGUUAAUAUGUGGGUAUUUGAAGAGAAAAUCGAUGGUACCAACUUGACUGAAAUUAUAAAUACAAGACAUGAAAAUAUUAAAUAUUUACCUGGUGUUAAAUUACCUAAAAAUUUAGUUGCUGUCCCAGAUAUUGUUAAAGCUGUUCAUGGUGCCGAUUUAAUUGUAUUUAAUUUACCUCAUCAAUUCUUACCAAGAAUCUUAAAUCAAUUAAAAGGUCACGUUCCAAAAACAACAAGAGCCAUUUCUUGUUUGAAAGGUUUAGAAGUUACUCCUGAUGGUUGUAAAUUAUUAGCUACCGUUAUUUCCGAAGAAUUGGGUAUUCCUUGUGGUGCUUUAUCCGGUGCUAAUUUAGCUCCUGAAAUUGCUAGAGGUAAUUGGUCAGAAACUACUAUUGCUUAUAAAAUCCCUGCUGAUUAUAGAGGUCCAGGUAAAGAUAUUGAUAAAUUAGUUUUAAAAGCUUUAUUCCAUAGACCUUACUUCCAUGUUAAUGUCAUUGAUGAUGUUACUGGUGUCUCAAUUGCUGGUGCUUUGAAAAACGUUGUUGCUUUAGCUGUUGGUUUUGUUGAAGGUUUAGGUUGGGGUGAUAAUGCAAAAGCUGCAGUUAUGAGAGUUGGUUUAUUGGAAACUAUUAAAUUCGCUCAAAGUUUCUUUGAUGAUUCUGAAAUUGAUACUUUUACUGGUGAAUCUGCUGGUGUUGCCGAUUUAAUCACCACUUGUUCAGGUGGUAGAAAUGUUAAAGUUGGUAGAUAUAUGGCUGAAACUGGUUGUUCUGCUGAAGAAGCUGAAAAGAAAUUAUUAAAUGGUCAAAGCUCUCAAGGUAUUGUUACUACCAAAGAAGUUCAUGAAUUUUUAUCAAAUGUUAAUAAAUUGGAAGAAUUCCCAUUAUUUGAAGCUGUUUAUCAAAUCACUUUUGGUUCUGAAUCAAUUGAAAACUUGCCUUUCUUAUUGAACAACCCAUAA